GCGGAACUUAAAACGGUGGAGUUUUUUGCUAGCACUACUGAUAUGUGGUCAAGCCGCACAGCUGAGCCGUACCAGAGUCUUACAGUCCAUUUUAUUGAUGAAGAUUUCAACCUCCGAGCUCGCUGCCUACAAACUACCUACUUCCCAGACGAUCACACAGGGGAAAAUAUUGCAGCCGGCCUGAGAGAAGGGCUUGUCAGCUGGGAUCUCCACGAGGAGAAUCACGUCUGCAUCACGACGGACAACGCGUCGAAUAUGGUGCUUGCUGCGCGGCUUAAUGAAUGGACGAGGCUCCAAUGUUUUGGCCACAGAUUACAUCUUGCCAUUGAAAAUGCACUCAAAGAUGACAGAGUGUCAAGGGCAACAGCACUGUGCAGGAAGCUGGUGGGGCACUUUUCCCACAGUUGGAAGAAGAAAGCAGCCCUGACGGAGGCACAGAGAGAGCUCAAACUCCCUGAGCACAACCUCAUAACGGAGUGCCCAACAAGAUGGGGUUCUAAAGAAAUGAUGAUUGCCAGAGUGCUUGAACAGGCCAAAGCCAUUUCUCAGGUAUUGUCUGGAGAUCGAUAUGCACGCUCCCUUAUCCCAACCUGGCAGGAUAUUGACGUGUUGGAGUCGAUUCACAAGGCACUGCAUCCUCUACUGGAGUUUACUGAUGCUCUUUCUGGAGAGGAGUAUGUAAGCAUCUCCUACCUCAAGCCAGUUCUCCACCUUUUUGCCACAUCAGUCCUGGCUGAAGAUGCUGAGGACACUGACCUGACUAAAUCAAUAAAAACCAAAGUCCUAGCAUACCUCAAUAACAAAUAUGGAGACCCAAACAUCCAGGAGCUUUUGGAUGUUGCCUGUUUCCUGGACCCUAGGUUCAAAAUACAGUACAUCAGUACAGACAACAUCCCUGCUAUCAAGACUCGUCUGAAGACAGAGAUAGUAGACUUGGCACAACGUACAUAUCAUUGGGAGAAGAGGUCUCGUACUGAAACUGUUCAGAUGCCUCAAAGUGCACAGUCCUUGGGGGGAAAAGACGAAGAGGUCUCUUGGCAGUUUUUUUCAAGACCAGUUCAGCCUCUCCUUCUUUGCCUGUAA